AUGAUAGUGAGCAUUACUCUGUUCAGCUGCCGCUAUGUUUUCGGAUAUCUAUACAGCAACAAGCUGGAGGUCAUCGACUAUGUUCGGCAAAUGAUUCCGUUCAUUUCUUUAUCUGUCAUUGUGGACAGUUUACUAGCAGUUAUUACAGGUGUUGCAAGAGGAACCGGGUGGCAGUACAUCGGAGCGUAUGUGAACCUUGGGGCAUACUACCUUGCUGGAAUCCCAGUUUCAGUUCUGUCGUGUUUUGGUCUGCAUUUGAGAGGAAAGGGACUUUGGAUUGGAAUAUUGACAGGAUCUUCUUUACAAUUACUUCUGCUUGGUUUAGUUACAAGUUUCACCAAUUGGCAAAAACAGGCAAGCAAGGCACAAGAGAGAAUGUGUGAGGAGAAAGUUUCCUACGGACUAUUAGCUUGAAAA